AUGAUGGAUCAUCCAUAUUUAACAUAUGAACAAUUAGAAGAAUGGAAAAAUUUAAAAGGAAAUUUUACAAUAACACCAAAUUAUAUUGAUCUUAUCAAAGGUAUUUGGAAUGCAAUAUCAUGGUAUUAUAGACCAUGUAUGUGGCAUGAUUAUAUGUUUCCACGUUCAUUUUUUGAAGAAUUUACAAGACAUUUUUAUUUUACAAUUAAUCAAGCUUUUUAUAUUGUUUAUAUAGCAAUAUUUAUCACAAUAUUACGUUAUUUAUUUGAAAAUUUUAUUUGCAAGCCAUUUGUAAAUUGGCUUGGGCUAAAAGCGAUAGAUAAAAAAAAGUUUCCUGAAUCAGCAUGGAAAUGUUUUUUUUAUACAUUAACAUGGUCUUAUAGUGUUUAUUUACUUCAUUAUUGUUAUAGCUAUUUUCAUGAACCUUAUCUAAUAUGGGAUGAUUGGCUACCGGGUAUGAAUGUUCCAUUUGAUAUAAAAUUAAUGUAUUUUAUUCAAUGUGGAUUUUAUUUACAUUCUGUUUAUGGAACACUCUAUAUGGAUUAUAAACGUAAAGAUUUUUAUGUUAUGCUUCUUCAUCAUGUUGUAACAAUGGCAUUAAUUUUUGUAUCUUAUGCGACACGUUAUCAUAAAAUCGGUUUACUUGUUCUUUAUGUACAUGAUAUAACUGAUAUUUGGCUUGAAUUAACGAAAGCUUUACAUUAUUUGGGAUCACGAGAGGACGGUCGACAAUAUCCAAUAUGGGAAACUGCUGCUUCCGGUUGUUUUAUUAUGUUUACAUUUUGUUGGUUUUUAUUUCGUUUAUAUUGGUAUCCAAUGAAAGUAUUGUAUUCAGCAGGAGUUGUUACUGCUUAUCGAGCUUAUGAUAAAGGUUGUGGUUUGUACGCAUUUUUUAAUGGGUUAUUAUGGAUUUUAUUAGGUUUAAAUAUUUAUUGGCUUUAUUUUAUUCUUCAAUUUCUUUUUCGAGUGUGUAGUGGCACUUUAAAUAAUCUACAUGAUGUACGAGAAGAUGAAGAUGAUGAUGAUGAACACAUUAAGUAA